GCGCUGACGCGCAUGUCCAGUAAACACAGUAGCGUACAGUUUGGGAUGGGCGCUGGUGGAAAACAUCUUCCCGAAUGAUCUCAUCGAUUACAGCUGCACGAGCCAAUAUUCCUUUAUUUAACUUUAUAUAAGAGCCACAUAUCCUAAUCUGAAAAUGCCGAGUAAUAAGAUGGAUAAACCAGAGAAGGUGGAGGUGAGUGAUAACGUAAAGGUGGUGGUGAGAUGUCGACCCCUCAAUGAAAAAGAGAAGAUGAUGGGAUACAAGCAGGCUGUUACUGUGGAUGAGAUCAGAGGCACCAUUACUGUCAACAAAGUUGAUAUGACUAGUGAGCCGCCAAAGACGUUCACCUUUGACACAGUGUUCGGUCAAGAUAGUAAGCAGCUGGAUGUGUAUAACUUAACAGCCCGACCCAUCAUAGACUCUGUAUUAGAGGGUUACAACGGAACCAUAUUUGCAUAUGGUCAAACAGGCACAGGUAAAACCUUCACAAUGGAGGGCGUCAGAGCCGUGCCUGAACUCAGGGGCAUCAUUCCUAAUUCGUUUGCUCAUGUAUUUGGUCACAUUGCAAAAGCAGAAGGAGACACUAGGUUUCUGGUAAGAGUUUCUUAUUUGGAAAUUUACAACGAAGAGGUGAGGGACCUGUUAGGAAAGGACCAGAUGCAGAGGCUUGAGGUUAAGGAGAGGCCUGAUGUUGGAGUUUAUAUCAAGGAUCUUUCUGGUUAUGUGGUAAACAAUGCCGAUGACAUGGACCGGAUUAUGACCCUUGGCCAUAAAAACCGAUCUGUCGGUGCGACCAACAUGAAUGAGCACAGUUCUCGCUCUCAUGCGAUCUUCACCAUAACUAUCGAGUGCAGCGAGAAGGGCGUAGAUGGGAACCAACAUGUCCGCAUGGGCAAACUACACCUGGUUGACCUUGCGGGAUCUGAAAGGCAGGGGAAAACAGGAGCCACAGGUCAACGUCUUAAAGAGGCCACUAAAAUCAACCUGUCCCUGUCUACACUGGGAAAUGUAAUCUCUGCACUAGUGGAUGGCAAAAGCACUCAUGUGCCCUACAGGAACUCAAAACUCACCCGACUGUUACAGGACUCCCUCGGAGGAAACUCCAAAACCAUGAUGUGUGCUAACAUCGGUCCAGCAGAUUACAACUACGAUGAGACUAUCAGUACUCUUCGAUAUGCCAACCGUGCUAAAAACAUCAAGAAUAAGGCCAGAAUUAAUGAGGACCCGAAGGAUGCUUUGUUACGCCAAUUUCAGAAGGAAAUUGAAGAGCUCAAGAAGAAACUGGAAGAAGGUGAGGAGAUCUCUGGCUCGGAUGACAGUGCAUCGGAUGACAUGGAUGAAGGUGAAGAUGAAGUGGGUGAUGGAGGGGAGAGACGCAGGAAACGGAGAGGGAGGAAGAAGGUGUCUCCAGAUAAAAUGGUGGAGAUGCAGGCGAAGAUCGAGGAGGAACGGAAAGCACUGGAGGCCAAACUAGACAUGGAGGAGGAGGAGAGAAACAAAGCCCGUGCCGAACUUGAGAAGAGAGAGAAGGACCUUCUCAAAGCCCAACAAGAGCAUCAUCUAUUAUUGGAGAAGCUUUCUUCUCUGGAGAAGAGGGUUAUUGUUGGUGGAGUUGAUUUACUGGCUAAAGCUGAGGAGCAGGAGAGACUUCUGGAGGAAUCUAACAAUGAGCUGGAGGAGCGCCGGAAAAGGGCCGAGCAGCUCCGAAGAGAGCUGGAAGAAAAGGAGCAAGAGCGGUUGGACAUUGAGGAGAAAUAUACCAGCUUACAGGAAGAGGCUCAAGGCAAGACCAAAAAACUGAAGAAAGUGUGGACUAUGUUGAUGGCUGCGAAAUCGGAGAUGGCUGAUCUCCAGCAAGAACAUCACCGAGAGAUUGAAGGUCUGCUUGAGAACAUCCGUCAGCUCAGCAGAGAACUCCGUCUCCAGAUGCUCAUCAUUGAUAAUUUUAUUCCUCAGGAAUAUCAGGAAAUGAUUGAGAACUAUGUGCACUGGAAUGAAGACAUCGGAGAGUGGCAGCUGAAAUGUGUGGCAUAUACUGGCAACAACAUGAGAAAACAGACACCCGUAUCAGACAAGAAAGAAAAAGAUCCAUUUGAAGUGGAUCUUUCUCAUGUUUACCUGGCCUACACUGAAGAGAGCAUGAGACAAUCCCUAAUGAAGCUAGAAAGGCCUCGGACAUCAAAGAGUGGGAAGUCAAGGCCUAAAACUAGCCGUAGGAAACGCUCUUCCAAACCAGAGGCUGUGAUUGAAUCCCUGCUGCAGUGAGCCACUUGUCUGACGACGACUUUAUUUUGUCCAUUUACAAGGCAGGUCCAAUAUAUGUCUUAGAAAGAAUAAUGACUCUAAAGGGCACUUUGAUAUAAGUGUACAUUAUGUGUUUAUAUGCAAGAACCUCACAUCUCCAAAGCUGGAUUUAGUUGGGAAUUCUUUACAUAUGUAAUGAUAGUACUCCAAAUGGCACAUUUAAACAAACAAACACUGUUAUUGUAAAUUUGACAUUAAUAGACUGACUGUGACACCCACACGUCUGGGGUAGGAUAUUAGUCGGACACCGAAGGUUGGCGUGUGUGCUGUCAGGCCAAAUGCUAUCGAGAAACAAAUCUCCUCCUUUGUUCAAUAUAAUUGGCAGCGUGCAAUUGCCUUAGCUCAAUGUACACAAGCUAUGCUACUUUAUUUUUCAUGGGAGAACGUGCAUGCCAUAUUUCCCUGGCCGUAGUGCAAUGGAAGCAUUAGCUCGGUUUGUAAUUGUAUUUUUCAGUGUGCACUGUAGUAAAACCAUUAGUCUCAUGUAAAAAAUGUUUACAAUUUACUGUGUUUCGUCUUGUUAUCUUCUUAAAUUAUUAAAUUAUUUUAUAAUGUA